CACUUGCUGUGUUUAUGCUGGAAACUGGCCUCACCUCAACUCAAGAAAUGACAAAAAAGCAGAAAAGACUUGACUGAGGUCACUCAACAGAUGGAACCCAAAGCUUCCAGAAUAAUUUCCACAGCGAAGAGGCAGAGCUUAAUAUCUUCAUACGGCAUAAAGGACUGCUGGGAAGUGAAAAACAGUGAGGCCUGCUUUCAAGAAAAAUCUCAGAGAAAUUUCCCAUUUUCCUUAAGUAACAUAGUUCAAGCUGAGAGGACUCUUUACUUCAUCUCUGUCAAGCUUUCAUCUUCAGCACGACACCUCCCAGGAAAAACUCAGAUAAAGAAAAACAAAUCCAAUAAUGCGUAUUCCAAGUACAUGGUCAGUAUUUUCACUGAUUUUGCUCAGAGCAUUGUGUCAAGAUUAUGAAACCAGUUAUGCAGACUAUGAGACAGAAGAAGAAUCACUGCCAGAGAUUCCUCCAUUUGUUGAGCCUCAAGAAACAGACCCUUUCAUAUUUCUCUCAAAUGGAUGUGCCAAGGAAUGUUACUGUCCCCACUCUUAUCCCUUUGCAAUGUACUGUGACCAUCGUAAACUUAAAGUAAUCCCUGAUGUCCCAAGCCACAUCCACCACUUAUACCUUCAGUUCAACAACAUUGAAGCCAUUACAGCAGAACCUUUCACCAAUGCUACAUCUUUGAGGGAAAUCAACCUUAGCCACAAUAACCUGAGAAAAGUAGGGAAAGAGGCCUUCAAUAAACUUCAACAUCUCACAAGGCUUCACCUAGAGCACAACAAUCUAGAGGAAGUUCCACCUUCUUUACCUAAAACUCUUCAGAUACUCCACCUGGGCUUCAACAAAAUCUCAAAGAUACCAUCAAACACUAUACGAGACCUAAUAAAUAUUACAAUGCUCGACCUGUGUAGCAACAGACUUACAGAUGAAGGCAUUAAAGGAAAGGUACUGUCUGGCUUUAAGAGCCUCAUACAAGUCAACAUGUGCAACAACAAACUCAAGACUAUGCCCCCUGAUCUACCAGCAUCACUGCUGCAGCUAUCACUGGAGAACAAUUCCAUCACAUCUAUACCUGAGGGAUACUUUAGGAAGACCCCAAAUAUCAUAUCUCUUCGGGUUUCCCAUAACAAAAUAAAAACAAUUCCUUACAAAACCUUUAACCUGACACAACUCAUGGAACUCAACCUGGGUUAUAACCAACUCUCCCAAACCUUUUUUGUUCCCAAGAAUCUGGAGCAUCUGUAUCUCAACCACAAUGACUACAGAGAGCUUAACAUCACUCUAAUGUGCCCACUGCUGGAUCCUGACAGUCCCAAUAUGCUAACCUACAUUCGCCUUGAUCACAAUAAGCUGAAAGGCCCCAUGGACUACCACACCUACACUUGUUUCCCAAGGAUGAGGAUGAUUUAUUACGGUGAACAACAGACAGCUGUCUAGUAUGAUCCACUAAAAAAACAUGAAAACCAUUGAAAUAAAUUUCACCCACCAAAUAAUUUUGCCUAAAAAUAGCCAAGACUCUUGGUUUUCUGUUAAAAGAGUAAAAAUGGCAAAGGUAUUUUAGACGAAACACUGUGAAAAUCAUAAUUAAAUCAGAAAGAAGUGGGUGGGGAAACAGAUGCUGAUUAACCAGCGAAGAAUAAUCACUCAAGAGCAUUAGUUAAUCACUUGCUUGAACACACCUGAAGGGUUUUCUUCAUUUGUACUAUUUUCUAACAACAACAACGAAGACAUUAACACUAUUAACAAUAACACAUUGCAGUUAUGAAUUAUGCAGUGAAACAAGCAUAGUGUUUAUCUUCUCAACCAGCUUCAUGAGGAGAUUCCCCCUUUUCUUAAAGUUCUCAAACACUCUGAGCUCCUCAUUGCUUCUUCCAAGUUGUCAAUGAAAACUACUUGUUUGACAUACGUUUUCAUUAAUAAAUGUUUACACACGCAUUAACUUUACUAUUGAUAUUUGUCACAGAAACAAAUUUCAACCAUAAGCCUUUAUCCAGUCCCCUCUGGGCCAAGACGGGCCAUGCGCAAAACAAUUUUGUGCAAUUGUGAUUUCGCCAAUUCAAGUAGUAUUUUGAAGGGGAAAAAAAAUGCAUUACAAUUUUUUUUUUUAAAAAGCAGCAACAAAAUCAAGCAUUUUUGGCCACAAAAAUCGCAACAGCAACAAAUAAAAGCCCUCAGCUGAAUCCUGUAUGGACUCGUUAUCUAUAUGUCUUAAGGAUAUUUAGCAUUAGGACAUAUGCCAACCAAAAUGGUGGACGUAUUAAAGCUUGUCCUGUAUGCAAACAUACAGUUCAUCUACAGAUUGUAAAGGAUAUAAUUGCCAGGUGGGUGGGAGGUAUAGGGGGUCACUCACUAACAUUUCAGGACACAAAUUCUUCUCUGGAUGAUUCUUUGACAAAAGGCUUGAUAAGUCAUAAGCUAAGACUCAAGCAUGCAUUAACUACUAACGCUAGCUAUCUUUUAUAUCCUUACAAAUUGGCUUCUUCGCAUUUGCAUAAAUGUGGUUAAGUUAGCAUUUAGCAUAAACAUACUGUAAACAGAGCUUUUGGAAUUUGCAGUUAAUUCAUAUUUGUGAAAAUCUUCGCAUGUAAACAAAGUCGGUGUAUAAUAAUGUAAUUCCUCUAUUCUGGCUGCAUUAUUUUGAUGGAAAAUGUGAACCAAUAAAUAUGAAUUAUGAAUAUUCCAUAAAAAA